CAAGGAAAUGGAGGUGUACAAGAAAGGAUGAAUAAACAAAACUCAUCAAAGAGCUCUAUUUCCUGUUUUUAAGAGAGUGGUAUGACACGUUUGCAUUUUGUCUGCUACUGAAGAUGAGAACUAAAUCGAUGAGACAGUGGUAUCUUUUGACCCAAGUGGCUGAUUUACUUUUACCCUUUCACAAUCUUCUGCUCUGUAUCUGUGAGGUCAAGAUGUCUGCCCCACCAUUUCACAGUCCAACCUUCUGGAUCUUCCUUACUACACUCAUUAUUCAGAUCGCAUGUAUCACAGCAAUUUUGGUGCAUCAAAGUCCCCUGCACGUAGUUGUGAACGGAAAUGCAGAGAUCUUCUGUAACUACACCUAUGAGAAGAAGGUGGAGAAAUUCAACGUCUGGCUGCUUAAAGGAGUUCCAAAGAGAGAGGCCGUCUGCUCAUUCAAAUGCAGCAGCGCCUGCAUAAUUCAAAACGACACGACGGGAUUCAGCUGCCAUGUUACAAGAAAAGAAAAAGGAGUAGUCUUUCAGCUGCAGAACCUAUCCACGGGUCAGACGGACGUUUAUGUCUGCAAAAUUGAAGUCACUUACCCACCGCCUUAUGUAGACGAUGAAAGUAACAACGGAACCUUCAUUAACGUGACAGGUGUCCUUGAAGCCCCCAAAUGUCAGUGCCCCCCAGGAGGAUCAGAAUACACGUGGAUGACAGGAACCAUUGGAGGCCUUGUUUUGUAUGGGAUAGCAAUAACAGCGGCUUUUUGCUAUUGCUGGGUAAAAAGUAAGAAGAGAAAGAUUGUUCGGAAUGACUAUUUCAACAUGACACCCUGGCAGGUGAAUGGCGAAAGGAAGAAAUAUCAAACAGGUGGUCCAGUAAGGAAUUACACUGCAUAUCGCUCGUGGGAACCAUGAGGAUUGGUCAUACACAUGACCUCUUCUCUACAGUGGAAGUACAGACAGAUACCUUUGGAUGUCCGUGGCUGCUGUCAAGAGAAAAGGACAGAUCUUGGAGUUCUUCACACCGGGAAGGACAAAAAGGAUAAGUUAGUUUCAAACUAAUGAUACAAAAGAACAAAACUUGACAUUGGACUGUAAAUAUAGUCACUUAAACCUACUACUUAUGUUAGGUGAACAGUGGUUUCAUCUGCAUUGUAGAUCUUUCCUGUUCAUAUUUGCCUCAAUAUCAAAGUUCUACUCAGACUCUGGGAAAAUCAACCGGAAAAGAGCAAGGGUAAAGAUCUGCCUUCUUUUGUGUCAAAGGGGGAAAAACUGUAUUUAGAGUUGAAAACGUACACACAGCAGAAAGGAAACAUCAUGCUUAGUAGUCCAACUCCUAUAAAGAACAACAUAGUAUUUGUAAAUGAAGUGUUUGAUUAUCUGUAGAUAGCUUUGCCAUGUAACUGCAUAGACUGAGUAUCAGUUUUUUUUCCUGAUGAACAAAUUCCACCUCCUGCUACAACCAUCUACCUGCAAGUAUUCUGAUGGAAGGGUGGGGUCUAUAGCCAAAUGGGAAGUCUCUUGAGAUUGACAGUCUUUCAUCAAAGCCCAGACAAAAGUCAUAGAUGAUGAAGCAGACAAAAAAAUCCAGGCUGAGACGAGGGAUUAGUUCUAUAAGACUCCAACUGUCCUUGGCUCCUUAGGAAAUG